GUGACCUGUGGAAUGUUAACAAUGCAGCGAGUGUCCAACUUUGUGCUCCUUUCUGCUCCUGCUGCAGUCUGCGGAGAAAAUGGAGGCUCAUUUCAUCAUAUUUACCCCGUCCCUCCGUCUCCUCCGUCUCCUCCGAGCUCUGUAGGACUUUAACCUCUGCUGUCUGUCCGGAUCUUACCCUCCACUCUGAGCUCUUCUCGCUCCUUCUAUCACAUGGCGGAGAUUGGCAGCAUCAUGGUUUGGCUGCGCGGUGCCCACGUGACCGGCUGCAUUUCCUGGAAUAAGCUGGAACCUGAGCCUUGAAAGCCACACCAUGGAAUGCCUGUAGUACCACACCUCACCUCCAUCGGCCCGCCAGCAUCAGCAGGAAUCACAAACACAAAGAGACAAACAAAAUACUGAGGGACACCGAGGAGGAGGACUCUGUGCUCCUGGACUCUUUCUCUAUUUAGGUCAGCCAACUUGAAAGGAAUCUUUGGGAGGGAGUGAGUCCCAGUGAGUGUGUGUGUGUUUCCCUUUUAGAGUAGGUGCCUGCUCUGGGCACUGAGGCCAUGAGGCCCAAAACUUUCCCCGCUGCCCCCUAUGUGGGCAACACACGCCAAAGGCUUCAGGAGAUCAAGGAGGGCCUGAAGCAGCCGGCCAAGCUGGUGAGCCAGGCCCUCCAUGGGGGCAGCUCCAGGACCGAGGGCGGCAGAGGGGCCGACUGCAAGAGCGGAAAAGACACAGCCAGCCGCCAGCCGCAGCUCCGACCCCCGCAGAAGUUCAACAACUACCAGAACGCCCUGAGGGAAAUCAGGAAGUCCCUCAUGCCUUUUGCCAACGAGUCUGGCCCCUCUUCUGGGUCAGGACACCCUGCAGGAGCCGGGGAGGUGAACCGGCAGAUGCUGCAGGAGCUUGUGAACGCCGGCUGUGAUCAGGAGAUGGCCGUGCGCGCCCUGAAGCAGACGGGGAGCAGGAACAUUGAAGCCGCUUUAGAGUACAUCAGUAAAAUGGGUUACCUGGACCCCCGCAAUGAGCUCAUCGUCCGUGUCAUCAAGCAGACCUCACCAGGAAAAGCUGGCAUGCCAAAUUCAAUGGACCACCGCCCCGCAUUAGAGGUGUCAGGGGAGGCGGGUGGCAUGCCUCCGUACCACCAGAUGGGGGCUCCGAUGUAUGAAGGGGCAGCAGGAUACGGCCCUGAGGGGGAGAUGCCCAGACCUUACAUGGGCGCUCCUCCUGUGAUGAACUAUAUGAUGCCCCCGUCUGGUGCAGCACAAGGCUCUGCCAUGGGGAACCCGAUGGGUCGACCUCCCAGCAUGGGCACCUACCCCGCAGUGAUGGCCCCUCAGAGCAACCAGGCCAACAACAUGUACCCUCCAGGGGCCCCGCAGAAGGGCUACCCAGGCGGUAUGGAGCAGCACGGCCCAAUGAUGAGCUACAACGUCCCCGGUCAGCCUCUGCAGCUCCAGCCUCAGCCACAAGGGGGCCCCGUCCCCGGUCCACACUAUGACUACGGCCACGCCAGGCCCCACAUGAUGGAGCCGGCAGGUUAUGGAGUGAAGAGGACCGCCUCCUUCCAGAAUAAGAUGGCGCCGCCCCCGAUGGCACCUCCUGACAACUACGUCAACAUGCAGGGGAAAGGAUCCAUGGGGCAGAAUGGUCCAGGAGGAGGAGGAGGGGGUGGGUACCCAGCAAACCUGUACCUGCCGCCGCACUCCCACCCACGCCAAGCCAGCCCCACGUCCCACCAGGUCCACAUGAUGUCCCGCUCCCCAGGUGGGGUGGCAGCCAUGGGGCCGGACUUCUCUGAUAUGCCUCAGGGCUUGAUGACACCAUCCAGAGCCAGUCUCAACCUAGACCUGUAUGAGCACCACUGGGCGGGGCCUCCAGGUCCAGAAGGGGCCCCUCCAGCCAGGCAGCCACAGCCUCAGGGCCCAUUCAGGGGGGAGGUGCGAGUUCCAAGCCGGACCAACUCCUUCAACAGUCGGUCUGCCGGUCCAAACGGAGUCCGACCUGCGAUGGCGGCUCCACCUCCAGCCAGCAAACAGGACUCCUCGCUGGGCCCCCCAAACACCAUCACGGCUGUAACCUCUCCCCCCAUCCAGCAGCCGGUGAAGAGCAUCCGUGUGAUGAGACCCGAACCAAAGACCGCUGUGGGGCCGUGUCACCCCGGCUGGAUGACGGCUCAGAGCCAGGAAGCAGCUGAGUCCUUGGGUUACAUGCCCGAGGAGACCUACCCCCUCGAGCCGGCUCAGGAGCCACGCUGCCCUCCACCGCCUUACCCCAAAAACCUGCUCAUGUCCGGGGCACCUAGUGAACCGGGGACCAUGGAAGGAGCAGGAGCCAUGUGUGGAGCUCCAGACCUCAGCAGCCCUGCCCACAGAAACACCCACGGCGGCAGUGGAGGGAGCGGGAAGGGCGAGGAGAGCCAGCAGGUGAAAGAGAAGACGAAGAUGGGGAAGGGAGAGAAAGCAGUGAAGGACAAGAAGCAGAUCCAGACGUCGCCCGUUCCUGUGAGGAAGAACGGACGUGACGAGGAGAAGAGGGAGUCACGCAUCAAGACGUACUCGCCCUUUGCUUUUAAGUUCUACAUGGAGCAGCACAUAGAGAACGUGAUGAAGACAUACCAGCAGAAACUGAACCGCAGACUUCAGCUGGAGCAAGAGAUGUCCAAGGCCGGCCUAUCAGAAGCAGAGCAGGAGCAGAUGAGGAAGAUGCUGAACCAGAAAGAGUCCAACUACAACAGGCUCCGCCGCGCCAAGAUGGACAAGUCCAUGUUUGUGAAGAUCAAGACGCUGGGCAUCGGAGCCUUCGGGGAAGUGUGUCUAACUCGUAAAGUGGACACUGGAGCACUUUACGCCAUGAAGACUCUACGCAAGAAAGACGUCCUCAACCGCAACCAGGUCGCCCACGUGAAAGCAGAGCGAGACAUCCUGGCAGAGGCAGACAACGAGUGGGUGGUGCGCCUCUACUACUCCUUUCAGGACCGGGACAGCCUCUACUUCGUCAUGGACUACAUCCCGGGAGGGGACAUGAUGAGCCUGCUGAUAAGGAUGGGCGUCUUCCCCGAACCUCUGGCUCGUUUCUACAUCGCCGAGCUGACGCUGGCCAUCGAGAGCGUCCACAAGAUGGGCUUCAUUCACCGAGACAUCAAGCCUGACAACAUCCUCAUCGACCUGGACGGACACAUCAAGCUGACUGACUUUGGUUUGUGCACGGGUUUCCGCUGGACGCACAACUCCAAGUACUACCAGAAAGGGAGUCACGUCAGACAGGACAGCAUGGAGCCCAGUGACUUCUGGGACGACGUCUCAAACUGCCGCUGCGGCGAUCGGCUGAUGACGCUCGAGCAGCGCGCCAACCGGCAGCACCAGCGCUGCCUGGCUCACUCCCUGGUGGGAACACCAAACUACAUCGCGCCAGAGGUGCUGCUGCGCAAAGGCUACACCCAGCUGUGUGACUGGUGGAGCGUGGGAGUGAUCCUCUUUGAGAUGUUGGUGGGACAGCCGCCCUUCCUCGCCCCGACGCCCACCGAGACUCAGAUUAAGGUGAUAAACUGGGAGAGCACUCUGCAGGUCCCCGCUCAGGUCAAACUGAGUCCUGAAUCCAUUGACAUCAUCGGUCGCCUCUGCUGCUCAGCCGAAGAGCGUCUGGGAGCAAACGGCGCCGGUGAGAUAAAGUCCCACCCCUUCUUCACCCAGAUGGACUUCUCCAGCAAUCUACGGCAGCAACCGGCGCCCUACAGACCCAAGAUCGCCCACCCGAUGGACACGUCCAACUUUGACCCCGUGGAGGAGGAGGGGGGUCCUGGAGCGUGGAGCGACAGCGGGGACAGCACCCGGGCCCUGGACUUGCUCUGCUCGCCACACGGGAAGCACCCGGAGCACGCGUUCUACGAGUUCACCUUCCGCAGAUUCUUCGACGACCACGGCUGCCCCUUCCGCUACCCUAAACCGCCCGAGAGCUGCGAGGGGCCGCAGAGCAUCGCCGGAGCCGCCUGCAUGGGCCCAGACGAAGAAGACGAACAGGAAGAGGAGGAGGACGAGGAGGAGGAUAUGGAGGAGGAGGGAGAGCAGGGGGAGGGGUGUGAGCCGGUGUAUGUCUGAGCGGCGUUUGAUGAUGACCGCUGACUUUAACUCACCUCAGCUCAGGACGCUCCCACCUGCUCUCCUCUCUGUCUGUGUGUAGACGCUGCUCAGGUGUGUCUGUGUGUGUUCAGGCAGAUCUGGCGUGUGCAGGACUGACGAACAUCGCCACCUUGUGGACUCUAUAGCUCGUCCACAAUGAUUUCGAACACAAAUCUCCCAAUGACCCGGGACCAAGAAGCAACACCGACUGUCUGCGGUGACGCUUUUGCGGAUACGAGGUUAAAAACUGCACAGGUCUCAAAACGAAACCUGAUAUUCUCUGGAACGUACGGACGUCUGGAGAACAGAUAUCUGAUUCAGACCGCUCCUGGUUUCCUCCAGCGCUUCCUCGUCCCAUUCCUUCCACCCUCGUGUCUUACAGACGACUGAAACACCUCGGCAAUCCUUGAUCUUUUAAAAAAAAACAGGAGCCACUUCCUGUUUCACCUGAGCUGCUUUACACUCAGUAUUGGACACGGUGGAGUGAGGAGUGGAACAUGUUCAUCGUGAGGGAAGGGGAGGGUUGGGGGACUGAAUAAGCAACACGUCUCUUUCACAGCUGCUGCAAAAUAAGCUACAAAGACACAUGCAUGCACGUGCACACAUUCACAUGAUUACCCUGUAUAGGUGGUGCACAGCAGUCCUAGAGGACAAGGUGUGUGUCUCUGCAGGGAGACGUCUUUAUCCAUGUCAUUGGAAGUUUGCUCAGACGACAUUCAAACAGUGACACACUCAGUGUUUGACUUCCAUGUCGUGGUGCGAGAGGAGACGCGUCCCGUUUGGCAGCAUCAGGUUAUGUUUUUGAUAUAUUUCUUUUGUUUUCAGUUUGAAUUUAUCGACUUUAACAAAUCAGAUUGAAGAAGUCUAUUUAACCAAAAACUGUUUCCAUAGCUGUUCAUAUGUGCCAACUGUAGUCCAGUUUGAUGUUUGUCCUAAAAGGUGGAGCCGGAUUCUUCUUCUUCUUCCCUCAGAGGUUGCUGUUACAAACAAACCUUGUGUUGGAGAGAUGUUUUGUGUUACUGAAACUCAGCUCAAAAAAGUCAGCAUGAAUUCAUGUUUCAGGCAAAUCCAAAUCAAUGUUAGAAGCCUGGAUGUUUAGAUUAACAUGCAGAAUCAUGUUUGCCAGGAGGAGCACCUCUGCACAGAUGCUCUGGUUUUUAAAUGUGCAGAAAGCAUCAUUUGCAAAUAAUGAACAAAUGCAAACAGGCUGGACUGUCGGUCUUAAAAACAGGACCUACCCGCCUCAGAACAAAGAUUCUCUGACACUCAAAUCUUGCAGAGAAGGUAGACUUUUAAUUGGUGCAUGUGUUGAAUUUCUACUCAAGCAUUGCAUCAGAUGAACGUCGUCUUUGUUUACUGCACAUGCUCCCUGAUGCUGACAGAAACCAGAGCCAGACCUGGACCGGGGUCCUUUGGGACUGAAUCACUUCCUGACUUGAGUAUCAAAGCUCACACAUUCACCCCCCGAGGUGCACGGUGUUCACGGCUAUUUUGCAAAGAUGAGUCCUGAAACGUAACCCCGCCUCCCGUGACGUCUGGAGGCGGAUCACAAAGCAACAUGUUCUUACAACAACAACAACAAACGUGUGAUAGUAUGACUAUGUGCAAUACAAAAAUACAUUAUAUAUAGUUUUCUAAACACUUAAUAUCCUGUUUUUGUACUGAAAUGUACAAAUAUAUUGGUUUAUAUAUAUUUUCUUUUUCAGUUACAACAUGCUGCUUAUUAUUGUGGUUAAUAUUAUUUACAUUAUUAUUAUAAUUGUUACAUUUGUACCUGUUGUUUUUCUUGUGUUGUGGCUUAAAGAAGUGUUGCCAUGUGUGCCUGGGUUUGAACGCAAUGAGCUGUGUGCCUUUUCUAAUUGAAUGUCGGCGUGCGUGUCGCCGCUCUGUGACGAAGGAGACGACGGUGAUUGAUGAUGACGAGCGGCGUUUUGCAGAAUUAUGGAUGGUGGCGUCCCUCGCCCUCCUGCAGACGGGCUGGUCCUGGCUGCAGGAGAGGGGAGGGGCUUAAAGGAGGGGUGGGUUUUAGAAUAAAGGAUGAAACAGGAGUUACUCAGACGAUGAGGAGCGAGGCAGGUCGACUUCAGGAGAUGUAAUCUGAUAAACGAAUAGCUUUCAAACUUCAACGACGUGUAAGUGUUUGGUACAUUUUCCUUAUUUAUCCGAAAUGACCACAAGUUUGAGUGUCGUGUUGACUCUGUGCCAUGUUCACUAUCACCCCGUAUCUCUUUGCUUUAUGACAAUCAAACAAUAAUAAGCGCUCCCUGUGAGUCGUGAUGAGCUGUCUGCUCGUCUCAGCAGCUCCUACAGUAUUUUGGAAUCGACUGCGGACGCCAUGAGAGUCAGAGCCGCUCUGGUUCUCUGACGUGUAACUGGCUGAAUGAUUGAACAUGUGUGGAUAAGAUUUGUUACAAAAGAUUUUCUUGUUUUUUUAUUUUUUGCUUGACAAUGUAUUGAACGGUUGUUUUUUUCUCUGUACAUGUGCCUUGUGUUCUUAUAUGAGCAGCACAAUCUUAACGGAUUGCUUUCUUCCUGUUAUCUCUUCUCACAGACCUCUUGUACCUGUUCUUACUCUUGAUCCAGGCGUGCUUCACAUUCACACUCGCUUUGACUACAUGCAGCAACAACCCUGAUCUUAUCCUAGUCUUAGAGUGACAGCCCUUAGAUUAAGAUGAGGUAGAAGUUGAAGGAAGUUCAGGAGAAGUUGCAACAAAGACCUGCAGACAUGUAGAGCUGAACUGUUGCUGCUUUCAGUUCCUUAUUUAUGAACCCCAAUCCAAAGAAGGUGAAAAGAAAUAGUGCUAAUCUUUCUUACAUACACCGAUCAGCCAUCCACUGGACCCCUUAAGGUGUGCUGUGGUUUCUUGCACCAAGUCCUGGAAGUUGUGAGGACGGCCUCCAUGGAUCAGACUUGGUUUAUCAGAACAUCCCACAGAUGCUCAACUGGAUUGAGAUCUAGGGGAAUUUUGGAGACCAAGUAAACACUACCAUGAUCCUCCAGUCCUCCUCCUCCUUCCAUUGCUCCGUGUGAUCCAGUUUUGAUGCUCACCUGCACCUCGAACGGGGUAUCCUGUGAUGAGCCUUGGCAGCUGGUUUUCCUUCCUUGGACUACAGUAGUCCAAGGGUUAGGGUUAGGGUUAGGGCUCUCAUGGAGCAUGUUCCUCUGACCUCUGAUCACAUGAUGCUCGAUAAACCUCGUCAUGAUUCUCUGAAGCACGAACUGAUGCUCACCUGCACCUCAAACAGGGUUUCCUGUUUGAGCCUUGGCACCUGGUUUUCCUUCCUUGGACUACUCUUGCUAGACACAGACCACAGCAGAGUGAGAACGCCCCACAUGAGCUGCAUUCUUGGAGAUGCUCUGACUCAGGUGUCACAGUUUGGCUCAGGUCAGAGUCGCUCACAUCCUGAUGCUUGCUUCUUUUUCCUGCUUCUGACACAUCAAGGAGAAGAAAGGUUCACAUACUCCCUAACAUAUCCCACCUACUGACAGGUGGUACCAACAUAAUCAGUGUUAUUCACUUCCUCUAUCAGUGUUCAUGAUUUUAUGGCUGAUUGGUGUAUGCUCAACUCAAAGCAGUACAAAAAUAUGGGAUAACUACUAGAGCUCUCUUUCUGACAUUGACUCCAGCAAACUUUAAAACAUCGUCCAGCGUCUCCUUGAUUAAGAAGACAUUUUUGUACUGAUGGUUCAAACAGAAGGAGCAAUUUGAAGACAGAAAUUUGAGCUGCAUUUUUCACCUUUAAUACAUUUUUUAGAUGAAACAAUGAAUAAAUGAAUCGUGAAGAUGAUUUGCAGAUUGCUUAACUCUGCAAAUUAUUAUCUGCAACUUUGAACAAGAUGAUAUAAUAAAUGCAAAGUGGCUUUUCCUCUUCAUGUCACUUAAAAAUCCAGUUUAAUCAGCACUUUCAUUUGGCUCAGUGUUUCAGGGAUUGAAGGUCUUAUCUUCUGCUUCUGUUUGAUAGAAGUGGAUUGUCCAAGAACAUACUGACAUAUGUGGUGCAACAAUACAUAUGAGUGUGUUUCAUGGUGGCCCAAACUCGUCUGCUGCAUGUAAACAAAGCCAGCGUUUCCUGUGAGCCGCCUGAAUCAAUCAAAUCCGUCUCUUACAAAGCCGCCCGUCUUGAGCCUGACUCGAGGAUCCGUUCUUGAGAUUAAGGCCGAGACGGUUUCACUCCUUCUCUCUCUCAGUAUUCGGUUGUUCCAGACUUACCUUCACUUCUCUGAACCUCUCAGUGACCGUGUUGCCAUCGACCAGGACAUGAAAAAUAGCUUUAUAAAGAGUGUGUGAGGUGUGUUUUCUGGAUGUGUUUUUUUUUCUCUGUUUCUAAAGUUAGAGAGUGAUGACUGACAAUCUUUGACUGACUUGAUAUCUGAUUUCUUGGCGAGACUUCGUUGUGUAUUCUUUUCAUUUUGUAUUUCUACUCUAAGGAGGAUUCUCCUUGAUGUAUGAUACAAUCCUGUUACUCUUGCAUUUAUAUUUAUACAGAUAUACAUAUUUUUUGUAUCUUUUUUCCCCUUUUUUUUCAAUUUCCCCUGUGCUAAUGUUCAAAAAAAUCCAUGUCUACGCAGUAUUAUUGAUGUAAUGUGACGUCAGCAUGAUGUCAGCGAUCUCUUUUUUUACAUUCAUGUAUGAACUGAGAGUUUGUAAAAAUGCUUUCACAGUCUUUGUGUGUAAAAUGUAUGUAUAAAUUAAAUUAACCAACUUUGA